AUGAAUGGGUCUACAGUUACAGAGUUCAUCUUCCUGGGCCUUUCCCGCUCACGUCCCAUCCAGUUUCUUCUCUUCGGCUUGGUCCUGGCCUUCUACACCGUAAUCCUUUUGGGCAACCUCCUCAUUGUGGUGACGGUAUACAGAGAGCCCCGCCUCCUCCAGUCCCCCAUGUACUUUUUCCUGACCAGCUUAUCCAUUAUUGAUACUUCCUUAGGUUCAGUGACUAUCCCCAAGAUGGUGGUGGACCUAUUGAGCUGUGGCAGGACCAUUUCAUUUGGGGGUUGUAUGGCUCAGCUCUUCUUCCUGCACUUUUUUGGUGGUUCAGAGAUGUUUCUCCUCACCCUCAUGGCCUAUGAUCGCUACGUGGCAAUCUGCCACCCCCUGACAUACCCAACCACAAUGAACCGCCUACGUUGCAUCAAGCUCCUCACUUCCUGUUGGGCUGGCGGCUUCAUCCACUCUUCCACCCAGCUGGUCCUCAUUCUCCGUCUCCCAUUCUGUGGACCAAACAAACUUGACAGUUUCUAUUGUGAUGUUCCACAGGUUGUCAGACUGGCUUGUACCGAUACUUACAUCACAGAGAUUCUGAUGGUGGUCAACAGCGGUCUGCUCUCACUUAUCUGCUUCCUCGUCUUACUAGUGUCAUAUGGGGUCAUCCUGGCCUCUCUUCGAGGCCACUUCAGGGAAAGUGGAGGAAAAGCUUUGUCCACCUGCAGUGCUCACUUGACAGUGGUCAGCCUGAUUUUUGUGCCUUGCCUAUUUGUGUAUCUUAUACCCUUCUCCAGCUCCAGUGUGGACAAGAUGGCUUCCGUGUUCUACACAGUGGUCACUCCUGCCCUCAAUCCUAUCAUAUACACUCUACGGAAUCGAGAAAUUAAGGAGGCUAUGAGACGGUUGAAAGACAAGUGUAUUUUUCCCUUUUGUGUAUGA